CUUUAGGCCAAACAAACAGCAUUGAAUUAAUUAUUUUCCUAAUAAAACAUUCACAAAAAAAAGCAUUUGGGAUGUUUUUUAUAAGCAAACCCAAAUGAAAGCGUAUUAAAAAUGUCCUAAAAUAGGGCCUUGAGGUACACCACAAGAGCAAGAAGAAAGGAAGAUAAAGAGUUAUUUCUCCAAAGUGAAACUGAUCUAUUGUGCAGAUAAAACUCACACUGAAUAUGAACCACAUGAUAGAAGUGGUGUACUAAUGAACUGCUUCACCUGCUUAUCAAUCAUGUUUCUUUUUCAGGAGAAACCAUCAGUUUGCAUCAUCACCUUCAUGUUCAUGUUUCUGUUGAAUAUGUGCGUCUAUGCCAGCCUCCUGCUGUCCCUCCCUCAGUGUACGUAUCCAGCGUGCACAGAGGGGACACCCAGGCAGUGUGUGGAUGCAGAAUUUGCUCCGGGUACCAAUAUGGCCGGGGAAGGCUUUGAUAUCACCAAAAUGGAACGUAAGGGAGCCUUUGUGCUCGACAUGAAUCAGUGGAAGCACAAGGACAAAACAUGCAUCCUGUGCAGCAACCCCUACAUGGAGAACAAAAAGCAAAAGCUCCCCUUGUCAGUGGUGGACUGGAUACCAAAGCAGUCCUGCAGCAUGAAAGUGUCCAGUACGCUCCACCGAUCCAGUGAGUCUCUGGUCAGUUCCAGCUCCUCUUCUGUGGAGAACAACUGGAAGGUCAAUCUUGAUGUUAAUGUGGGUCUUAAAAGCGCCUCAUUGAUGCUCGCUGGCACUCAUUCUAAAUUGGCCGAAUACUCCAUGGAGAAAACUAAGAAUGACAAGUUCAGCUUCACAAGCCAAAGCAUGUCCUGUGAGUACUACAGCUACAGAGUGUCCAGCGCUCCCAAGUUGCACAGAGAAUUUAAAAAAGCAGUGAAACAGCUCCCUAAAAUCUACAGCCCUGAAUACAAGCAACGAUUUUACAAACUGAUUGACAACUUUGGCACCCAUUACAUCACCAAGGUGAAAAUGGGAGGAAGUGUUCAAUCUGUGACGAGCAUCAGGCAGUGCCAGGCUAGUCUGCAGGGCAUCAGCACGGAGGAUGUGCAGAUGUGCCUGGAUGUUGAGGCGUCCGCCAGCAUCAGAGUUACGAUAAAAACUGAAGCAAAACACUGCCAGAAGGACCUUGAGAAGAUGGACAGUAAAUCAUCCUUCAACAGCCUCUUCAACGACAGGUUCACAGAAAUAAAGGGGGGCCAUACGACGGAGCCAGACCUUCUCUUCUCUGCUGACAAAAAUCCAUCAGCCUACAAAGAUUGGCUGAACUCACUACCACAGAACCCAGACAUAGUCUCGUAUUCCCUGGACUCGCUUCAUGAGUUACUGCCUACUAACACCCCUGACCGGAAGAACCUGCGCUCAGCCAUUAGCCAUUACAUCCUGGAGAAAGCCCUGUUGAAGAACUGCAGUGACCGCUGUCAGGCCGGCAUCAAGAGCGACCCAAGGGAUACCUGCGUGUGCCAAUGCCACAAUGACCCCGCUGUAAACCAAGACUGCUGCCCGACCCGUAAGGGCAUGGCACGGGUCAUCAUCACUGUACGACGAGCUGCUGGACUUUGGGGAGACCACAGCACAGCCACGGACGGCUACGUCAAGGUGUUUUUUAGCAAGCAGAUAACCCGGCGUACCCCUGUCAUUUACAACAACAACUACCCACACUGGGCCACGGUCUUCGACCUGGGUACUCAGGAUUUGUCCUCAGGACAUAAAGUGAGAUUUGAAGUGUGGGAUCAGGACAACAACUGGGAUGACGACCUGUUGGGAGAAUGUGAGCAAGUUCUGUCUGCUGGAGUCAAGGAGGAUCUCUGUAACCUGCAACAUGGCCAGCUGUUCUACAAACUGGAGGUGAAAUGUGCUCCGAGUCUGAGUGGAGGUUUAUGCCAGGACUAUAAAGCUUCGCCUAUGAGUCAAAGUCUGAAGGGGCUGUAUGUGUCCCGUCAUGCACACCCUGUUCCAAAAGCCAUUCUGUUAAAGAUGGGUGUGUUUGUGAACGAGACGAGCGCACAGAGAAACCAGAGUGUCACUGCGGACACUCAAAGGUUUGAUGUGAUAUAACACAUGUUUGGCUUCACUGAUGCUUAUACAGCAAUAUUACUCUUUCUAUUAGGUGUAAGCAAAACCCUGACAUCACUCAUUAAAUCCCAAAUUUACACAAAGAAUGAGAAGUAUGUUUGUUGGGGAAGAAUGUUUUAUAUGUUGACAAAGCGGUUUCAACUCAAUUAUGGCAAAAGUUCCUUAUAUCUGGUAUGUUCAGUAUUCAAAGACAAGAUAAUUUGGUUGUUUUUAUAUACUGUGUAUUUCUGUAUCUGUGUAUUUCUGUAUCUGUGUAUUUCUGUAUCUGUAACAUCUAUAACAUGUACUGGUGUGUUUUAUACAUUUUUAUUUUGUCAUUAUUUAGCGUAUUUGUGACAUGAUGUCUGUUUAUCCAGAAUAAAAGCAUAAUAUCUUAACUGUU